AUGUUGAGACGUCUGUUAGCGAGGCAAAUCGCUCGCCUGAAAUUUCACUCGAGUGUUCCCGUCAGUGCUGCCACCCUUGUCUCUGGUACCAAGUUGGCCAAGACCAUAAAACAGCAGAUUUCGCAAAAAGUCAUCGAGUUUAACAGACUGCAGUUUCCCCAAUUGGAGUUGCCGCUCACCAACGAUGAGGUAUCCUUUGACCAGCUCCGGUUCAAACCCAACUUGACCAUCAUUCAGGUCGGCGACAGACCUGACUCUUCUGCGUACGUCAGAUCGAAGCUCAAGGCCGCCCACUCGGCCAACAUUGAGUCGCGCUUGUUGAAAUUUGACGGCGAGAUCACCGAGGAGGCUUUACUUGAGGAGAUCGACCGUUUGAACAAGGACCCUAAGGUCCAUGGUGUGUUGAUCCAGCUUCCUUUGCCAAAGCACAUCGACGAGACCUUGGUCACAAACUCUGUUUCGACUGUUAAGGAUGUUGACGGAUUCGACCGUUACAACGCUGGUGAGCUUUCCAAGAGAGGUGGUAAGCCCAUGUUCAGACCAUGCACGCCAAACGGUAUCAUCGAGUUGAUCAAAACCACUGGAACCCAAUUGAGAGGUAAGAACGCCGUUGUCAUUGGCCGUUCCGACAUCGUUGGUACCCCUGUCGCUGCCAUGUUGAGAAACGAGGACUGUACUGUCACCAUCUGUCACAGACACACAUACGACUUGCCUGCUGUUGUCCGCAACGCCGACAUUGUUGUUGCUGCUGUUGGUAUUGCUGAGUACGUCAAGGGCGACUGGAUCAAAGAUGGCGCCAUUGUCAUCGAUGUCGGUAUCAACUACAAGCCCGACCCCACUGCCAAGAACGGGCAGAGAUUGGUGGGUGACGUUGACUUCGCUUCUGCUGCUGAGAAGGCUUCCUUCAUUACUCCUGUUCCUGGUGGAGUUGGUCCAAUGACCGUGGCCAUGCUCUGUUCUAACGUCUACGAUGCUGCCGUUUACUCCAGUAAACUGGCCCACGACCACAAGUUUCAGCCAUUGCCAAUUGAGCCAUUGAGACCUGUGCCUUCUGACAAUGCCAUUUCUCGUGCCCAAAAACCAAAGAAGAUCACCAAGGUCGCCCUGGAGCUCGGGCUCCUAGAGCGCGAGCUUGAACCUUACGGACACUACAAGGCCAAGGUCGACCCCAAGUUGGUCAUGGAACGUUUGGACGAGGAGGCAGAGGGUCCUGAGACCGACCGUGGUUACUACGUCCUUGUUGCUGGUAUCACCCCAACUCCUUUGGGUGAGGGUAAGAGUACUACCACCAUUGGUUUGACUCAAGCACUUGGCGCUCACUUGAAAUACAACUCUAUCGCCAACGUUCGUCAACCAUCUAUGGGUCCAACGUUCGGUGUCAAGGGUGGUGCUGCUGGUGGAGGUUACUCUCAGGUUAUUCCUAUGGACGAGUUCAACAUGCACUUGACUGGUGAUAUUCACGCCAUUUCUGCCGCCCAGAACCUUUUGUGUGCUGCUGUGGACACUCGUAUGUUCCACGAACACACCAGUAAGACUGUCAGUGGCUUCUACAAGAGACUCGUGCCAGCCAAGAAGGGUGUGCGUAAGUUCACCCGUCAAAUGUUGGCUAGAUUGGAGAAGUUGGGUAUUCAAAAGACCAAUCCUGAUGACUUGACUGCCGAAGAGAUCGAAAAGUUUGCCAUUCUUGAUAUCGACCCAGAGUCGAUCACUAUCAAGCGUGUCGUCGACUGUAAUGACCGUUUUGUCCGUGAGAUCACUCUCGGUGAGGGUAAGAACGAGGCAAGCAAGUUCCCACCAAGAAAAUCUGGUUACGACAUCACCGUCGCUUGUGAGAUCAUGGCCAUCUUGGCCUUGUCCUCCUCCCUCAAGGACUUGAGAGAGCGUGUCGGUCGUAUCGUCGUUGGUACUCAAAGAGAGACCGGUGUUGCCAUCACCGCCGAGGACAUCGGAUGUGCUGGUGCAAUCACUGCUCUCUUGAAGGAUGCUAUCAAGCCCAACAUGAUGCAAACCCUUGAAGGAACUCCUGUCUUUGUCCACGCCGGUCCUUUCGCCAACAUCUCCAUUGGUGCUUCCUCCGUCAUUGCUGAUAAAUUGGCCUUGAAAUUGACCUCCCCAACCAAUGCCACAAACAAUGGUUCCAAGGGUUUCGUCAUCACUGAGGCUGGUUUCGAUUUCACCAUGGGUGGUGAGCGUUUCUUUAACAUCAAGUGCCGUGCCGCUGGUGUUUCUCCUGACACUGUUGUUCUCGUGGCUACUUCCAGAGCCUUGAAGCUUCAUGGUGGUGCUCCUGAUGUCAAGCCUGGCCAGGAAUUGCCCGCUGAAUAUACCACUGAGAACUUGGACUACUUGCGUCAAGGUUGUGCCAACUUGGCCAAGCAAAUUGCCAACAUCAAGCAAUACAACGUUCCUGUUGUCGUUGCCAUCAAUGAGUUUGAAACCGACACCAAGAAGGAAUUGCAACUUAUCCAAGAAGAAGCCCUCAAGGCCGGUGCUGACUAUGCUGUUCCUUCCAACCACUGGGCUUUGGGAGGAUUCGGUGCUCUUCAAUUGGCUGAGGCUGUUUCCAAGGCUGUUGUUAAGGCUAAGAACGAAGAACAAACCUUCUUGUACAACGUUGAAGACACUGUUGAGAACAAGUUGUUGACAAUUGCUCAAAAGAUGUACGGUGCCUCCGCCAUUGAAUUGUCUCCAUUGGCUAAGAAGCAAAUUGAGACAUACACCCGUCAAGGUUACGACAAGUUGCCUAUCUGCAUUGCCAAGACCCAAUACUCCUUAUCUCAUGAUCCAGCUUUGAAGGGUGUGCCAACUGGGUUCACUGUUCCUAUCAGAGAGGUGAGAUGUAGUGCUGGUGCUGGUUACUUGUACGCAUUGGCUGCUGAGAUCAUGACCAUUCCAGGUCUUCCUACUCACGCUGGUUUCAUGAACGUUGAGGUUGACGACGAUGGACAGAUCGAAGGAUUGUUCUAA